UGAUAUUUUUCUGCAUUCUUUCUACAAUGAUUUAAAUGAUCUGAUGAUGAUUUAUAAUUUUUUUCUAUUUCAAAUAUAGAAUACUUCGAACGAACCAUUUAUAACAUUUGUUUGUUUUGAUCAUAUUUCAUUGUUUGUAAACAAAAACAAAAAAAAAAAAAUGUCAGAAAGUAAAACAAAAAGUUCACGAUCACCAAUUUGGCAUUAUUUUGAACCAGUUGAUGUAAAAAAUACUAAAUGUCUACUUUGUCAAAGUACUUAUCGUAAUUCUGGUAAUACUACCAAUCUUAUUGAUCAUCUAAAACGUAAACAUCGUCAUGAAUAUAAUCAUGUUGCUGAAAUGAUGAAAAAUCAAUCAAAUAAUAGCAGUAGUAAUAAUAAUGCUACUAAUAAUAAUGUUAAUGUUAAUAAUAAUAACAAUAGUAGCGAUUCAGAGAUACCGAUUGCCAUUGAUGUUAUUGAUGAAAAACAAAAACAAUCCGCUGAAAUUAUUGAAGAACAACAGAUACAAUCAACAAUGGAUAAUAAUAAUGUUAUUAUUGAACAUAAUAAUAAUGAUGAUAACGAUAAUGGUGGUGGUCUUGGUGGUGAUGGCGGUAAUAAGAAUCAAGAAGAAUUGGAAAGUGCUGAAAAUAUUCAAGUUGUUAGGGUUGUACCAUUACCACAUGCACGUUCCGAAGUAUGGACCUAUUUUGGUUUCGUUGCCAAUGAUGAUGGCCAAAUAAUGGAUCGAACAAAAGUUGUCUGUAAAAUAUGUGCAUCAACAUUUUGUUAUUCAGGAAAUACAACGAAUUUUUAUUCACAUCUAAAAUCAAUGCAUUCAGAGGUACAGAUGCGUAAUAUAUCAUCGAAAACAGCACGUCAAAUGAAAAGAUCAUAUUCAAAUUUUUUGGAUGAUGGCGGUGAUAGUAUGGAUGCUGUUGGUACAUCAAAUGAUAGUUAUUAUCAUCAUCAAAAUAAUAAUACUGGUAUUACAUUAGAUGAUGAACCAUUACCUGAUCGUAGUUUGGAUAGUAUAAUAUUUGUUGAAGAUAUAACACAAUGUUUAUUAGAUUUUCUUGUUACCGAUUGUCGACCAUUAUGUGUAUUACAAGGUAAAGGAUUUCAACGUUUAUUACGUCUAUUAGCACCUGGUUAUGUAAUGCCUGAUAAACAAAAAUUAUCCAAUGCAUUACGUAAACGUUAUGAAGAAUUACGUAAAACUGAACAUGAACCAUCAACAAUGGAAAAAUUUGAUAAUCUAACCUAAAAUUUAAUAUGAAAAAAAUCAUUCAUCAAUAUUAUCAUCAUUUG